AUGUCGUCUCCUCAUCUCCAGACAUACAACGAGCGAGCAAAGAAACAUGCCAACAAAGCCGCGAGGGCUUUGCUCGGAGUCAUGGAGGAAAAGCAGUCAAAUCUCUCUGUCAGCGUCGAUGUGACUAAAUCCAAAGACUUCUUCGACAUCAUCGAGGCAGUUGGUCCUCAUGUUUGUCUUAUAAAGACCCACAUCGAUAUACUCGAAGAUUUUGAUCCGACUGUGAUUGACCGCCUCCGAGAGCUUAGCGAAAAACACAAGUUCUCGAUAUUUGAGGAUCGUAAAUUCGCUGACAUAGGAAGUACCGUGGCAUUGCAGUAUUCGAAAGGGAUCUACAAGAUCGCGGACUGGGCUCAUAUUACCAACGCUCACGCUGUUCCGGGGCCAUCGAUUAUCACUGGCCUAGCCUCGGUUGGCAUUCCCAAAGAUCGGGGGCUCAUACUCCUGGCAGAAAUGAGCUCCAAGGGUGCACUAACCACUGGGUCAUAUACAGAAGAUGCAGUUCGUAUGGCUCGAGCUCGCAGGGAUUUUGUCAUCGGCUUCAUUGCUCAACAUCGCAUGGAAGGUAUUGGUGCAUCCGAUACCGACAAUAUUGCGGGGGAAGAUUUCUUGGUUCUCGCGCCAGGAGUAGGCUUAGAUGCCACAGGCGAUGCCAUGGGUCAGCAAUACCGCACUCCAGAGCAAGUCGUUUUUGAAAGUGGUUGUGACGUUAUCAUUGUUGGAAGAGGCAUUUAUGGCAAGGGUGAAAACGUGGAUACACGGGAGGUUCUUAAGCAAGCUCAGAGAUAUCAAGCUGCUGGUUGGGAAGCAUACAAAAAGCGCGUUCAGCGCACAUAA